AGUGGAAAUGGCUUCCAGCAGGAAUAGACGGGAGGAGAAAAUGAGGAAUUCUGAUGGAGAUGUCUCAGAAACUGACUUGUUGCUUCACCCUGAACUUCUAUCUCGGGAUUUUCUCAAACUCGUCUUACACGAGAAAAAGAUAAAGACAGAUGACAGUGAAGACCCUGACCACCUCACAGAGUUGUAUAUCCAGCAUGUUAUCCCACUACCACAGCGAGCCCUCCCUAAUAACAGAUGGGGGGAAAGAGUGGAGAAGACAAAUUCACGCCAGAAUUUGACUACUGCACACAGCCCGAUCACAGAUAGUGGCAGGAAGCGGCCCUUGAUCGUGUUUGAUGGCAGCUCCACCAAAACUGGCAGCAUUAAACUAAAGAGAGUUGAUGAGUUACCAGUUACAGAUCGCUUAAAAUCCCCACCUUCCAGCAUCAAUCUCAGCAACCCUAUACGUAAACUUUCAGGCUCUUCCACAAACUCUUCUUCCUCCUGGGCCUCAGCAGGAAGUGCCAGGAGUCCUACAGGAAAUGGCAGCCUGAAUAGCUCCUCAGCUCCAUCAUCAACACAGUCCAACUGCAUGAGCACAAAGCUAAAGCGAGGAGCUUCAAGCUCAGGAGUGCCUGAGAGCCCUGAGCUCAAGUCACCUGAGGUGAAAAAGAAGAUUCAGCAUGUCACAUGGCCGUGAUUUUUGUUAGCCUAUCAGAAGUGCUAACAGGAAGCAGUGCCUUUCAAUGAUGGGUGUGUGUCAUUCGGCCAUGUGCCCUGUGGCAGAAGAGGCCAUAAUGGGGAUAAAGAGCUUGUGCAUCUGAAUUUGGAUGUCCACUGUUCCACAUGCUCAGUGAGAUCCUCAUAGACGUGCCAACAGAGUGUUAAAAGACUUUCCUUAUGAGCAUCUUUUGAUCGGUGUUGUAUGUAAGGUUCUAAAUGGAAAAAAAAAAGGUGGUUUUCUCUUUUAAACUCUGUAAAAAUGUCCUUUUUACUUGAAUAAAUAACGAUAUGUUCAUCACAUCUUUCUAGUUAUACAAACCAUCAAAUUAUAUCUAUAACAUCCAAGUCUGUUUUUACAUUUCAUUCUGCUUUUAUACGUUUUAAUGUCACUUUAGGGAGGGCAUCUGUGCUGCUCUGUUCAGAAAUAGCUGUUGUCAUUUUAGAAAUGAACGUUGUUGUGAAUUCAGAGACAACAUACAGGACAGCAGUUGUGAAUUCAUAUUUGAACGUGUGCACAAGGAGUGAAAUUAAAUUUACCCUGACAUUUAAAUGCCUUUGACGUGUAAAAAGUUGUUCUUCCAAGUAGAUUUUAUUUGGCUUACCUGGGAAAUAAAAAUGGCACAUGGAUUGUUCCUUA